UCUUAACGCACCGUUGACAAUACGUAAUAUAUAUACAAUGGGCGAUAUGAGUGUGUUAUCAGCAAUACUCCUCCUACUUUUGGUCACCAUUUGCUGCAGGGUUAAGGCAACAACUACAACCAAACGACCCAAUAUCAUCAUCAUUUUGGCCGAUGAUAUGGGUUUCGACGAUGUCAGCUUUCGUGGUGGACGUGAAUUUCUUACACCAAAUAUCGAUGCUCUUGCAUAUCAUGGACGCAUUUUGGAUAACUUAUAUGCACCGGCAAUGUGUACACCAUCAAGAGGAGCACUCCUAAGCGGACGUUAUCCUGCGCAUACAGGCACACAGCAUUUUGUAAUCAGCAAUGAGGAACCAUGGGGACUCACUCUGAAUGCCACACUGAUGCCAGAGAUCUUUAAGGAGGCGGGUUAUUCGACGAAUUUGAUUGGUAAAUGGCAUUUAGGUUUCGCAAGUCCAGAAUAUACGCCCACAAGGCGUGGUUUUGACUAUCAUUAUGGCUAUUGGGGCGCUUAUAUCGAUUACUAUCAAAGACGUUCCCAAAUGCCGGUGGCUAACUAUAGCAUGGGCUAUGAUUUCCGUAGAAACAUGGACUUGGAAUGUCAAAAUCGUGGUGUAUAUAUCACAGAUUUGCUUACACAGGAGGCGGAACAUGUUAUCAGAGAGAAGGCCGCUGCUAAUGAAACAUUCUUUCUAAUGCUCAGCCAUUUGGCUACUCAUACAGCCAAUGACAAUGAUCCAUUGCAGGCUCCCGAGGAAGAGAUUAGAAAAUUUGCAUAUAUCAAAGAUCCUAGACGUAGAAAAUACGCAGCCAUGGUGGCAAAAUUGGAUCAAAGUGUUGGCAGAAUAAUCACGACAUUGGCUCAAACGGAACAACUGGAAAAUAGUAUUGUAAUCUUUUACUCGGACAAUGGAGCACCAUCGGUGGGUCAAUUUGCUAAUACGGGAUCCAACUGGCCACUACGUGGACAAAAGAAUACACCCUGGGAGGGUGGCAUACGGGUGGCGGGUGCCAUUUGGAGUACCCAGCUCCAGGCGCGUGGUAAUAAAUUCACUCAGCCUAUCUAUGUGGCCGAUUGGUUGCCCACCUUGGCCCAUGCUGCUGGCAUAGAUUUGCCUGAGUCCUCUUUGCAGCUUGAUGGCCUUGAUUUGUGGCCCCAGCUGGCGGGCUCCAAAGAUGCAGCUCAUGUGCCACGGGAAAUUCUUCAUGCCCUGGACGAUGUUUGGCAUGUGAGUUCAAUGCUCUUGGGUCAUUGGAAAUAUAUAAAUGGUACCACUGCAUCGGGUACAUAUGAUCAAGUACUGACAUAUCGUGAAUUGGAUGAUCUCGAUCCUAGGAAUAGUCGUUAUGUGGUAGAAGUUCGCAACUCCCCAGCAUCCCGGGCACUGGCACACUUUGAUUUGCAGCGACUUGGCCAGCAGAAGAUUACCUCACUUAGGCAUUCAGCAUCUGUGCGCUGUGGUAAUCUUCAGCGUGGCUGUAAUCCCCUGGUAGAGGAAUGUCUCUAUGACAUAGCCGCCGAUCCGUGUGAGCAAAACAAUUUGAUCUACUCCAAACAGCAUGAGGCUGUGCUAAUGGCAUUACGGAAACGUCUACAAGAGUUUCGUUUGAGCGCUCUGCCACCUGGAAAUCGUCCAAGUAUGAGACAAUCAGAUCCAAGUCUUCACGAGUGUACAUGGGAUAACUUUCUGGUUAAGCAACCCGGAAUAGUGCCUCUGGAAUGUGAUUAUCAUGGACUGCCCUGCGAGUAGCCUCCUUAAAGGAUUCUAUUUACAUCCGAAAUUAAGAUGAAUUGCUAAUAUAGUAAUAUAAUAUAUAAUGUAGGCCAAAUGAUAUUUAUGUAU